CCGACACUUUAAGAGUCGCGUCUUUCUUCACUUCACUUUACAUUUCUCCUGAUCGCAGAAAGUAAAAGUCAUGGCGAGAACCAAGCAGACCGCUCGUAAAUCUACCGGAGGCAAAGCCCCCAGGAAGCAGCUGGCCACCAAGGCUGCCCGUAAGAGCGCCCCGGCCACCGGCGGCGUGAAGAAGCCUCACCGUUACAGGCCCGGCACCGUGGCUCUGAGAGAGAUCCGUCGCUACCAGAAAUCCACCGAGCUGCUGAUCCGCAAGCUGCCCUUCCAGCGCCUGGUGAGAGAAAUCGCUCAGGACUUCAAGACUGACCUGCGCUUCCAGAGCUCCGCCGUCAUGGCUCUGCAGGAGGCCAGCGAGGCUUACCUGGUCGGUCUGUUCGAGGACACCAAUCUGUGCGCCAUCCACGCCAAGAGGGUCACCAUCAUGCCCAAAGACAUCCAGCUGGCCCGUCGCAUCCGCGGAGAGCGAGCUUAAACUGUCGGCUGCUGCUCCACACACCACAAAGGCUCUUUUAAGAGCCGCCAAAUCAUCCUCAAAGAGUAUUUCCUUUUUAUUCUUAUUUGGUCUUAAACACGAAACGUGCAAUCUGUAGGCUACUUAUUAUGAAAUAAUGACAUGUGAUCUGAACUGAGUCAAAGGAAGACA